AAAGGGAGAAGAUGGCGGCGCUGGGGGAACCUGUGCGGCUGGAGAGGGAUAUUUGUAGAGCGAUUGAAUUGUUGGAAAAACUGCAAAGGAGUGGAGAGGUCCCACCACAGAAACUUCAGGCUUUACAAAGAGUCCUUCAAAGUGAAUUCUGCAAUGCUGUAAGAGAGGUAUAUGAACAUGUCUAUGAGACUGUGGACAUCAGUAGCAGUCCUGAAGUGAGAGCUAAUGCAACUGCAAAGGCUACUGUCGCUGCAUUUGCUGCCAGCGAAGGACAUUCUCAUCCUCGAGUUGUUGAACUACCAAAAACAGAAGAAGGCCUUGGAUUCAAUAUUAUGGGAGGCAAAGAACAAAACUCUCCAAUCUAUAUCUCUCGAAUAAUUCCAGGUGGAAUUGCUGAUAGACAUGGGGGUCUCAAGCGAGGAGAUCAACUUCUUUCUGUUAAUGGAGUGAGUGUUGAAGGAGAACAUCACGAAAAAGCUGUGGAACUGCUGAAAGCAGCUCAAGGAAAGGUUAAGUUAGUAGUACGGUACACACCCAAGGUCCUCGAAGAGAUGGAGUCGCGCUUUGAAAAAAUGAGGUCAGCAAAACGCAGGCAACAGACCUAAUGCAAUUCAGAACUUUAUAUUCCAUUUUGCUUUUAGCUAGAAAAGUUUUACUUGUGACCUACUGAUGGCCGCAGUGCCAACGAUUGUAAAAAACAAACAGAAACUUCCCAUGAGAUCCUCCUUGCCAUUUUAUAAACACCUAUUUUAACAUCGUUUAUGGUUCCAGAGAUGCAUACACUUUUUUCUGACAAGAAAAAGUGAAAGGUGAUGAGGGCAAUUCUGUCCUGCUGUUUUUACAGGCCUUUUUCAAAUGCAG